AUGUUAUUGUUUUACACUAUUCUCUUUGUUCACAUUUUCAUCAUAACUAGUGAACAGUCUAUUGGUGCCGUUAAUCCAAAAAAUAUUAGUAGUUCUUGUAAUGCUCAGCUGAAUCCUUGUCGAAAUAGUGGUUCAUGCUUACCAACAGCAGACGGUGGUUUUCAAUGUACUUGUCCAGCAGGUUUCAUUGGACCUCUAUGCGAUCGUUCAAUUGGCAAGCAAAACCCUCGUCCCUGUGCUACUAACGUUUGUGGUCCUCAUGGAGCGUGUAUUCCAACGUAUCCUAACACGUUUCGAUGCAAUUGUGCACCAGGCUUUACCGGUAGUCUUUGUGACUAUCCAGAUAAUAUACCUGGUACUUGUCCGAGUAAUACAUGUAAUAAUGGUGCAACAUGUUUGGUACUACCGUCUGGCGGUUAUCAAUGUGUAUGUCGAUCUGGUUUUACGGGUAUUCGUUGCGAAUUGACAACAGGGACUACUGGCAUUACAAAUCCUAAUGUCUGUACGAAUAAUCCAUGUCGAAAUAGCGGAGCCUGUCAAGUAACAACAGGUGGUGGUUUCCGAUGCGUUUGCACUGGGAGCUUUACCGGUCACCUUUGUGAUGUUCCCAUCGGCACAUCAAUUACAACUGGUCCGAGUAUGUGCAGCGUUAAUCAAUGUGUAAAUGGUGGCGCUUGUCAACUAUUACCUAAUGGCGGCUUUCAAUGCAUAUGUAAAGCUGGUUUCACAGGCACUCGUUGCGAACUUACUAUAGGUACUACGAAUCCAUCAAAUCCAACGGUAUGUCCAACAAAUUUAUGUUUGAACGGUGGAGCAUGUUUAUCAGUCCCUGGUGGUGGUUUUCGUUGCAUAUGCCGGCCUGGUUUUACCGGUACUCGUUGUGAUCUACCGAAUGGUUCAGCAACCCCAACACCAUUCACUGCAACUACUUGUCCAGCAAAUAUGUGCCUCAAUGGUGGAGCAUGUCAAUCGGUGCCCGGCGGCGGCUACCGGUGUAUAUGUCGUGCUGGCUUCACUGGGGCACGUUGCGAUAUUCCAACAGGUUCGUUGACAACGACCCCAUUCACUAAUAACGUUUGUCUGGCAAAUCCAUGCCAAAAUGGUGGCACAUGUCAGUCCGUACCCGGUGGAGGUUUCCGAUGCAUAUGUCGUACUGGCUUUAUUGGCGACUUCUGUUCGUUUCCAAUAGGGGGCUGA